AUUCGUUUGAAGAUAUUAAUGAAGAGCAAAUGCUUAAAGAUAUCAAGAGACAUUGUAUUAAAGAAGAGCUGAUGUCAAAUUCAGAUAUAUCAUUUGAUCUUUCAUUUUACAAAAGAAUUACCAUAGAUGGAUUCAUUCCAAUAAAAAAUACAUUUAAGGAAGCUGAUCUUCAAGAAUUAUUUAGUUUUAAUGAUGAAAUUCUUAUCCGUGGCAAGAUGAAGAAAUUAAUUGAUGAACUGUAUCAUAAUGCUAUUCUUAAACAAGCAAAAAAUGAAAAUAUAACAAUGAAAUAUGUUUUGAAGGGAGCUGGAGGCGUUGGAAAAACCACAACACUACAUACCACUGCCUGUGUCGCUCAUGCUGCUGGAUGUCUAGUUAUGUAUAUCAAUGCUAAAUAUUUCACUGAUGGUACAGGUUGGAUCAUUGUUAAGAUUAAUCCAAAUUUCAUUUCAUUGUAUGAUGUUGCAUUUGAAACAGCUAAUGAUAAAACUGCAAAUGAUGGAAAUUCAAUGCUUUAUGAAACAAUUCAACCAUAUAAUAAUUUUGAAUGGAAUAAAAUUACUACUCAUUUUUGCAAUAAAUUACCUGAUAACAUUAAAUUUUUAAGGAAAUUUGUAGGUAGCAUACCAAGAGAGUUUAUGCGUUUCUUUAAAUUUUGGUCUGAAUAUGGAUCUGAGGGAUUAGAUACUGUGAAAUUCCAAUAUUUUGAGGAUGCAAAAAGAUAUUACAUAACAAGAAUACACAGACUUUUGGAUAGAGAAAGAUUAGGUGAUGAAUUCAAGGAUAGUGCUAUGUUUGCUGCAAAGGUUUUUAUGGGAAACAAAGUAAGUGAAGUACCUGGAUCUUGGGAUAGUUCUGGAAUGGUAAUUCCAGAUGGUUAUUAUUAUAAGUUAUGCUGUCCAGCAGCAGAAUAUUCAAUUCUGACAGCUUUUGAUGACUUUUAUGCAAAAGUAGUUGUAAAAAUAUUAAAAGAAGAUAGUGUUAUGAGUUGGCGUGUACUAAAGCGUUGUAUUCAAUAUUGCUUUAGAAUGGCAGCAAGGAUUCAUGAUGAAAUCCCUCAAAUUUUACCAAAAUUCAAUCCAGGAAUAUUCUAUGUUUGUUGGAGAGAUGUAGCUGUAAUUGAUUUUUUCAUAUAUAGCAUUAAUGGCAUAAAAAUAUUUUUACAAGUAUCAGAAUCAUGUUAUAGAGAAUAUUAUACUAAACUUCCAGAUCUUUUUGUUAAUAACAAUGUCCCUAUUCAUAAUCUUUCAAUACACUAUUUCUUUUCAAAAUGCAUCAAUUCAACAUCAAUACCUCAAAAUUCUUUAGGAAAAAAUGAAUAUUAUGUUUACUUAAUUACUAAUAAUAGUGAAAUGAGAAAAACAAUUAAAACUUAUGAUAAACAA